AUGUUCAGAGGAUCUAAAACUCCCCUGAAAGUUAAAGAAAAUGAACAGCAGGAAGAGGCCUCUUUCCCUGUGCCCAGAGCCCAGAAGAGCUGCAGAGUGACCAAAUCCAAGGCCAUCAGAGCAUCCAGGAAGGAGAAUUUCACUGAUGGGAGCCAGGCACAGUCACCAAAACGUGCCCUGAAGUGCCCCAAAGGCCCCGAGGAGAAUCUGUGUCCCCUGCAGGAGGCUGCUGUGGGCUGGCAGCUCCUUGGGGGCUGCUCUGGGGGGGAUGUGCCCCUCACUGAGCCCCCCUUGCCCUUGCCCACCUGGGAGGGUUUGUCCAGCAGCCCAGCUGUUCCCUUGGGAAGUGACUUCUGCCCUCCUGAGAGGGACAGAGUGGAAGGAGAAGCUGAUUUGGGGCUCUCUGAGCAGAGGAAGAAGCCCAUGGCCGUUGGUGCUGUGAUCAGUGCUGAGUGUGGGAGCGCUCAGCGAAGUCCUGCAACACGAGCCACAGGGACUUCCCCAACUUCACUAAAAUUCAGGAGAAGAUCAACCAUUGGCUUGAGGGGAUCACCAGAGAACAACACCCUGAUCAGGUACCUGGCCCAGCAGAGGAGCAGCAGGCACAGAGAAGCUUUCACCCAGAUCAGUUCUUUCAAACCUGCAAGUGUGAGGUCUCUGAAGGACAAGAUCAACACUUUCCAGGCCUCCUUUGAGUCCCUGCAGGAGGCUGAGGGGGAGCCUGGGCUCCCACAUCUGGGGGAGCCUUCCCAGCAAGGAGGUUCCUUUCAGAACAAAGCACCUUUUAAAAAAGAGCCAAACCUGGAGCAGUGGAGUGGAAAGUUCAUGCUGGGCAACAGAGGAGCUGCUUUAAAAGAAAAUUUAAGAGAAAAUGAGACCAAGAGCAGCAGGAGUGAGCUCAGGAUCUGCAGCAUCUUGUCCCCACAACGAGCUGUGACUGUCACUGCUGCCAAGGAAUGGGUUUGUGAGCAGCAAAAUCCUGUUCAGUCCUUGGACCCUGCUGUAACUGGAGAGACCCUGGAAAGAGACCAUGUGUCCCAGCUGUGUGCUGGCUCUGCAGAGGCCAGGUGGGAGCCCAGUGGCACUGGGGGUGCUGUGCCAGCCCUCAGCAGGAGCAGGGCUGGGGCUGGGGAAGAUGGGAGCACUCCCAGCACUGCCCUGGGCCACAGCAGCUCCCUGCUCAGAUCCAUCCUGAAGAAAAACCCAGGCAAGGAGCUCCUGGACAGCCCCAGGGCUGACCCAGUGCCUGCACCAAGGAGGAGCUUCCAGGAAUACUUAAACAGUGCCAUUGAUGGAGGAGGAGAUGAAUCUGCUGCAGUCUCCAAUUGUGUAAAAGCCUCUGAAACUUUGCAAACAGAGAGUGCUGACAGCUCCAAAACACCCAAGAAGAAAAAAGUGACUUUUGGGGAAGUUCUGAGCCCUGAAAUCUUUGACCAGAGCCUGCCUGCCAACACCCCCCUACGCAGAGGAGCCUCCCCAGGCUGUGCUCAGGGACAGAGCCCCUGGAAAAGGCCAGGCCUCCCUGAGGAGCCUCUGCCCCUGCUGGAUUUUGGCUGGGAUGAGGAAGGUGUUGAGCCUCUCCCAGAAUUCCUGGAAGGUUCAGAAGCCCCUGCACCUGUUGAAAUUGCAGAAGCCCCUGCACCUGUUGAAAUUGCAGAAGUAGCAGAGACUGACAAACCUGAGGUGGUAACAACUCAUUCUGCUACUAAGAGGAAGUGCAGGGCUGUGGCACAGGACCCUGAUGGGAGCAGCUCAGGUGCCACAAACACUGAGAACGACAAGGACACCAAAAAUCCAAGGAGCAAGAUCCAGAGACAGAGGAAUCCAAGCACAGCUGCUCCCAAGAAGACCCAGAGAAAAACCCGCCCAAGCUAUGGGAAAAGAAGAAAGAAAAAAGUCAAGGAAUCUUUGUAUGGGGAAAGAGAAAUGGCUUCUAAGAAACCCCUGCUCAGCCCUAUCCCUGAAAUCCCAGAGGUUUUCUCUUCUGUGUCAUCUCCAGACUCACCAAAGGCAGAUGCACUUCUUACAGAGGGUGCAGGUGUGGGUGACCCCAACUGCAGGGACACCUGCAGGGACACUGCCCAGCAGCCCCAGGCUGGCAGGGUGCAGGGGAAGGGGCUCUGUGCAGCUGCUCUGUGCCCUGGGCUCCUGGAGGAGGCAGCAGCCACCAGCUCUGGAGACUCUGAGGUGCCAGGGAGCCUGGAGGCAGCUCCUGAGUUUUCAAAUGCUGUGCCAGAUGCAGAAGGUGAUUUUGAUACAUCUGAUUAUUUCCAGCAAGGCAAAGAGACUCCAUGUGAAAAAGAAGCAAAAGAAAGCAGUUCCUUGAUAGAAAAGGAAGAAUUACAAAGCAAUCUUCUAACUGGGCUUGAAAUUGUGGAACAACAGGAGGUACAGGAGGGUGCCCAGAGAGCCAGGUGUCCUCAGAAGGAUUCUGUCAGACACGAGCCAGCAAGGAGAAGAAGAAGCAGCAGCAGUGCCUUCUACUUCCCUCCUGCUGAGAACUCGGCAGUGACUGGGGCUGACCUUGCAGUUUGCUCGUACAACGUGGAGGAAGCGCUCUCGGUGCCCCGGGCCGGGGAGGGGCCCCUGCGGGCCGGCAGGGGGAGCAGCGGGGCCGGCGCCGAGCUCCGGGUGAGGCGCAGCAUGAGGCUGAGCAGGGACGCGGCCGGCACGGGACUGGCCUGGAUUGACGUGCCCAGGGAGCCUCCCCUGCCCGCUGCUCCCAAAGGCAGCAGGAGCAGCAGCACAUCCGUCCUGGCAGGGUCUGAGAAUGUCCACCCCAGGGAGCAGAACCUCCUCCCCUUGGCAGCCCCAGGGAAGGAGAAUGAGGGCUCUGCUCCCCUUGCUGCAGCCCCUGGCAGGAGGUGGAGGAGGAGAAGCCUCUGUGAAGCCACAGCUCAAGAAACGGCCUGGGCUCCCACCCAGAGAAGGAGAAGCACAAAUUCUGUGUGUGGGAAGAACAGGAGUGACCAAAAACACUCAGGAGCAGCAGAAACUCUUGAGCUGAGGUUGAAGGGUGUUUCAGGCAUCUCUGGUUUUCUGAAGUGAAGGUGCUUCUUAGCCCUUGUGUUGUCUCUCAAGUGCAGUUUUCUUCUUUCCCACUUGUAUUUCCUCACUUAUUUUCUUACUCAUUUUCUGGAUAACUUAGAACUCAUUUUCCUUGUCUUGAUGCCUAAAAUGUUUGAAGAUCUGAACUGUUUGGCAGACUGGCUCAGAGCAUUGG